UGAACUUCUUGGAUAUAAAACAAUUGGAAUGUUUGCGUUUUAGACAAGUGUUGAAUGCUGAAAUGAAAAGACUGACUGCAAAAGGUCUUGGAACAAAAACCAAACAAGCCGAACCAAUCACUGAAGAAUCCGAAAACACACUUUGGGAGAAGAACAUGUUUGGAGACAGUACCUCACAGAGCCUACUCAACACUGACUUCUAUUAUAACUGCAAGCUCUUUGGACUCCGUGCAUGUGACGAGCACAGAAGUUUACAAGUUGAACAGAUAAUCGUGGAUAAAGAUCAAAUCGGAGAUUAUAUUGAAUUCAGAGGGACGACGGCGAAGAAUUACAACGGCGGUCUUUAUCAUCGUUCAGUGGAGGCCAAGAACAUACGUCAUCAUACAACCGGGGAUCUGCCGAGAUUGUACAAUACUUACCUGUCGAAAAUUGGUAACACUGGACCAUUUUACAGGCGACCACUGCCAGAGAAAGACAACGACAACCUACGCUACAGCAGCCAAGUCAUCGGUGUGAACAAACUUAAAACUUUAAUGAAGAAAAUGUGUGAAAGUGCUGGAAUAGAAGGAUAUUUCACGAACCACUCCGGGAAACGUACUUGUGCAACGCGUUUGUAUGAAGAGGGCAUCGAAGAGCAGGAAAUCAUGCGUAUAACUGGCCACAGAAGCACAAAGGCAGUGAGAAAGUACAAAAGACCGUCGCAGGAAAUGCUGUCAUCUAUUGAAAACGUAUUGGAUCCACCCAAGAAAAUCAAACUUGCCCAAAACUCGGAGGUGAUCACGCCCAGUCAUCCUAUAUUGAAUUCCAGGCCACACGCAGUUGUGAACGGAAUACUCUGGCAACCCCCUCAACAAAAACAAAGAGAAGUCAAGACAAACAUGAUGGUCCAUGGCUUUGAGCAGCCUACAGUGGUCUCCAUCAACGUCUUCAAGCUGGAGGUGGUGAACCAGUUCACCUAUCGCGGCUCCACCAUCAUAGACAAUCUUGUCUAUGAUGCUGAGAUCAACACGCGGAUUGUCAUAGCGCGCCAGCCCCGCCAGACUGACGAAAAGGGUAUGCGUCUUUAA